UAUCGUGCUAGAAAUAGAUAUUGUCUCAUGAGAGAUAAAAUAAAAAAUAAAUAUAAGUAAUUAAUGACAAACAAUAAGUCUAAUGUUGUGCAAGUAAAGGUGAAAAUCUGUAUCUACAUGUCUUCCAUCAAUGAACACGUGUGGCAUUAAACGACACUAGAAUUACGAUAAAAUUGUUACGUGUACGAGAUUAAAAUUACAUUACAUUAUAUGCAGCAUCAUGCAUGACACGCAAUUUAUAUCGAUACAUAAUGAACCAUAAUUUUUUUAUAUUUUAUGUUGCGAUUUGGAAACCACACAACAUUCUAUUUUCAUUUCUGUUUACAAAUAGAAAGUUUCUAUAUUUGUGCUUCUAAAUUAAUAACACUGAAUAUAGCGAUAGAUAGUGACGAUAUCGAUCUUGAAAUUGACUGCGAUUUGCAUUUGGUCACGCGAUGAAGAGGUAAAUUCUCAGUUGCCGUAAAAGCGAUUUCUCAUUUCUUUAAUUAGCAUUGAUUGUUAACAUCAGACACAGCAAUGUUUGUAAAAUCAUAUCAUGGUUACAUUUAAGUGGUCUUCCAACAAGAUUCAAAUGCAACGAAUGAUCCUCUUGACCAUCAUUGGUAUGAUUUCAUACGGAAUAUUGAAGGGUCACAUGAAAUACGAAAAAGAGGUGACGGAGUACAUGAGCUCGUUGGAAUAUCGACAGGCGAGAGAAGCCAGCCAUGACUACAACAAGCAACGGAUGAAGAACCAACAACAGCUUUCGUCCGAUAAGUGUCCUUCUGCUACGGAUUCGAAAAAUACUAAUGGUUUUCCGGAAGUUGAUCAGAGUUCACAUGGAAGAUAAAAUCAAAUGAUUUUCUUUCUGAUUGUUAUACGUAGAAUGUGUUGAUAAUAUUUAUGCUUGAUAUUUUACUCCUCGAUCAACUGAUGUAUGGGUAUAUUGGUAUGUAAUGGUGUUUGAAUAAAGAUCAAAGAGAUAAUAGAUAAUUAUGCUGCGAGUAUAAAAUAGCAUAUUAAUAUAAUAUGCUUGGCAGAGGCAUUCUGUUGAGUCGAUGAUCACGGUAACGAAGAGCUAAAGGUAAAUUUCAUUAACCGCCUAUCAGAUUUCAUGUUUACAGGCGAUGAUUCCUAGAACUCGCAUAAACUAGGUAAACAGAUAUUGGUAAAACUUGCCGCUUCGAAACUAAUUAGACUUCGUAUUGAAGAUAAGAAGCGGAAAUGUAUAGUUUAUUUUGUUUUCUUUUUUAGGCAAUAAUGCACCUAGCAUAUAUGGAUUAUGAGAAAUGUUCUGUUUUUAUUUAUUGUCAAAUCAAAGUUAAAUAGUAAAUAGUAAACAGUAAACAGUUCACGAUGUAGUUGUAUAGUACGGUGAAUAUUAUGUUAAAGAUAUAAAAUAUUGUAAAGUAUUGAUUAACAAUUAAAGAUGUCAGUAUUCUUCCAAAUUCCUGAGAAAAAGGCAAACAUGGACAAGGGCCGUUUUUGUUGCGAGUCGUUUAAUCAAAACGGCUAUCAGAGGAGCGUCUAGUAUCCAAAAGGAAGUAAUUGUUUUAAGAAACGGAGAAAAGGAAAGGGUAGAAAUUUGACAAUAAAUCUACGAAACGAUGGAACUUUUACGAGUACUUGGAUUCUUUGACCAUCGCCAAUCGAGAUUCCCGUGAAGACAAUGGCCGUUAGCUUCGCAGGAGUUUCGGCCGUUUUCAACGAGUAUCUGGCUGGUAUCGCGAACGUAAGGUCAGGGUGGACAUGAUAUUUCCUGUAUCGGCCGCAAGACAAAGGAACAAAAGCUGCUGUCAAAGUACGCGAAGCGUGUAAGUUAUCACGAGUUAAAAGGAAUGGCCACCAAUUUGUUGAUCGUUAACGCGAAGUUAACUAACUGCAUUGCUAAUUACGGCGAACAAAGCGUUCUUCUCGUUUUCCUCCUCUGUUCCUCUUGCUUCGAGGAAAUUGAUUUCAGAAAAUAUUCGAUUUUUUGCUCUGUCUUGAUUAUGAUACAAUUGAGCCUCUCAGAGGCCUGACUGAUCGAUUACAUAAGCCCACGAUCAAUAUUCAAUUCAAACUUUUAUAAGAAGAAUCAUCGCAAUAAGAUGACGUAAAUCGUAAAUCAUGAGAAAUAGUGUUUAUAACAUCAUCGCUUCUCUAUAAUAUUUAAUUUAUAGACCUGUUUGAGCUGUUGUUUGGACAGCUUGAUUGAUGGAUUCAAAAAUUCCAUGCGUCUCUAUUCCAUAUGAAAGGAAAAUUUAUCUGAACAAACGCGACGUAGUUAAACAUGUUUUUAUUGUCAUACGAUACGUUCUAUGAUUUACUAUAUCACUAUAUGACACAAUCGUUAGAUAUGUUUCGCAAAAUAAUCUCCGAUAAGCGAGAAAGGUCGUUGAAAUCAUCCUUUCCAAGGUGGCGCAGAAAAUGUAACGUGUUCUUUUGUAAUGUUUGCAAGAAUAAGUGCAAAGAGCAUUGUUCUUUCAAUUAACGAAUCAGUCAUUUAAGAAAGGAGAGGAGAAAUGAUAAAGAAAAUGAAAGAAAAUAAUAAGAAUUACAAAUAUUUGAUAUUACUUCUUUAUAUUCUAUUAUUUUUGCUCUCUUUUCGAACAGCAAAUUCAAAGAACGGAAAAGAAUAAUUUAAUCGAUAAAAUCGUCUGUUUAAACCCGAUGGGUUUUGCCUUAGUAACUUGGCGUGCAAGAGCAAAAAGAUAAUUGUAUAAUUAAAGCCACGUGAGUCGCGCGAUGCUGGCUUAUAUUACGUUUGUGGUAGUUCUAUUUGUAUUGUGAUCCAAUUUAAAUAAAUGUUCAGAAGUUAUCUCCAGUUUAUGUAUAUUUCGUAAAAAUAAUGUAAAAAUAUACUCAAUUAGUGGAGUAUAAAUAUUUAAUUAUCAACCUGGAAUUCUGCACGUAUAUCAAAUUAAUUUUAAUGAAAAAAAAUGGAAAAAAAUAAUUAACGAAUGUUGACAUGCUGAGAUAGGUCAAACUGCUGAUUACUUUUAUAACAUUUAUUAUUCUUUAGUUGAUCGAUCGAACGAUAACUUUACAUCUUAAUUCGAUAUGUAAUGCCAGUGAUGAACUGCUGACGGUUAUUUACAUAAAAGAUAAAACUGUUUGUGAAUAUCUGAGCCAGUGCACGUGUUACGGCAACAUUCUAUAUGGCUUUCAUCAGUUCGUUUAAUUUAAGCCGUUUUAGGAGAUGCGUGUUACUGUCUCCGACACAUUUCUCCGACAGAGUGAAAUAGAAAAACGUAUACACCGAUUCAUGUAAAAUUCAGAGAAAGGUCCAUAGUAGAAAUCAUCUGGUACACAUAAAAAUUACGACCGGCGUGGAAAAUUAUAAAAAUGCCACAUAGAGUUAGCAUCAUUGCUGUUCCGGAUAAGCUUACCAAAGAGCAUAGAAAAGAUUCAAAUGAAGCGAAUCAAAAGAAGAAGUCUGCGGAUUUCGAGACAGCCAUUGCCGCAGCUGGUUAUGGAAAAUUUCAAUAUCUUCUGCUACUGGCGAUUAUUCCAGUAUCAUGGGCAACCAGUAUCGACAGUUCCAAUGUAGCGAUGAUUCUUCCCUCUGCAGAAUGCGAUUUGCAAAUGACAUUCUUUCAGAAGGGUGUGCUAAACGCCAUCAUAUACAUAGGAAUGAUUUCUAGUGGUUUUCUAUGGGCUUACAUAGCGGAUGUUAAGGGCAGGAGAGCCGUUUUUCUUUAUGGCUAUAUAGCUGAUGGCAUUUGUAACUUCCUGUCAGGGUUUUCACAGAAUUUUUGGAUGCUUGUAUCUUUCAAAUUCCUUAGUGGUUUCAUAAUAAGCGGUCCCCAUGCUUCCAUCGUGGCCUACACUUCGGAAUUUUAUGGAAUAAAAGAAAGAGGAAGAAUUUCAUUGAUCGUCGGUUUUGCCAUUACAUCUGGAAAUAUCGUAAGCGCAGUGCUGGCGUUCAUCAUCAUUCCACAACGCUGGUCCAUCGUCUUGUGGGACGGUGCGUUUGUCUACAAUUCCUGGAGACUUUUUCUUUCCAUCUGUGGAAUACCAACAUUGAUCGGUGUUAGUUGUCUCUUCCUGUUUCCGGAAAGUCCAAAGUUUCUCAUGUCUCAGGGUCAUAUGGAGGAUGCGUUGAAAGUUUUCAAGAUAAUUUAUAGCAUCAACACGGGAAAAUCGGCGGAAGAAUAUCCGAUACAAUAUUUAGAAAACGAACUUCCUAAAGAAGGAAAUGAUAACGACUACGAUGGAAAAAUAGAGAAGAAGGCAAUUUUCUUUACUCCACAUUUAAGUCGAAUUCUCUUGGUCACAGUCAUGCAAUUUGGUUCAAUGUACACAACCAACACGAUUCGUAUGUGGCAACCUCAACUUUUCACGAUACUAGGAAAUUUCGAUCCAGUGAAUCAUAAUCUAACAGAAGCACAUAAAUCGACAUUUUGCGAGAUCUUGGAUUUCUUCUCUGUCGUAGACGAAACUUCCGUAGCCGUUGAAGACAACGUGAACUGUACAAACAUUGUCGUGAAUGAGUCUGUUUAUGUGAAUACGAUAGUUGUAACUGCCUUUGGAGGCAUUCUUAUUUUAUUGAGUAGCUUUCUACUGAAUAUUUUGAAAUACAGAAUCUUACUGUAUAUUUCUUACGGAGUAGCAUUCUUAUGUAUAAUUUAUCUGAACUGGUCGUCUGACACAUUACUAACACUAAUUUUGACGAGUGUGUUCAUUGGAUUGACAAACACUACCCAAAAUAUAAUUAUUGCUGCAACCGUUAUUAUGUUUCCAACUUCUCUAAGAGCGAUCGCAGUGAGUCUGGUGAUGUCAGCCGGAAGAAUAGGGUCGGUGAUUGGGAACCUUCUCUUCCCAAUUUUACUGGCUCAAGGAUGCUUCGUACCCAUGAUCCAGUUGGCGUGCUUGAUAUUACUUUGCUUCAUUUUAACGUGUUUUCUUCCGUCGACCAAGAAAGCUAAAUAAUAAGAAAUACGUAAGAUUGUGUUACGAUAUUUAAGCUUCUCUGAAAGAACUUGCCAAUAGAGAAGUUUUUACGUACAUACACAUACUCUAACUACGAAUAAUAGAUCGCAUCGCAGAUAGCCUACAGACCUCGUUCUCCAACACUAAACCAAGGAAUUACAUGUAUACUCAUCCUUGAAUCAUUCUAACAUGAUCAAAAUUUCCAAAGCGAACCAUGAUACCUUUCUUAAGACUCUGAUAUGACUAUAAUAUUCACAUUAAGAAUAGACAAAUUUCAAGAGGAUCAAAAAUGUAGGAACAUUCACAAACUUUGAAUAUUUAAAAAGUAGGAAGAUAAAAGUAUCGGAUAAUUAAAGAAAGACAUAAAUAGAUAAAUGAAUGAUAUCAAUAAGACGAAACGUACAAAAUAAGAGGAUAAUAGAAAGAAGGAUCUAUCGAAGCAAGGAAGCACGCGUUCGAAGGCGAAUACAGGCAAAAACAACGACAACGAUGUUUGUUAGACAAUGAAAGGGUGGGAUGUUUCCAGUUGGACACUCUUCACGGUCACAUUUUCAGGAGAAGAUCGAUCUCAGUUUAAAACAAUGAUCGAGCGCGUCGAGGACGAACGCGGCGUUCCUCGCCCAGCGUGAACACGACGCUGCUACGGGGGCCUUGGGUUUCACUUUCGACACAUCCUGGAGAGCCCUCCACGCUGCAGCCUUCACCCACAUGCUCGUUCUUCUCGAUCCCCCGCGUACAACGGCUCCGUUCAGCCGGCGUUUCGUGUGGACGCGGCUUUAUCGCGCGCCCGGGAUCUCGACACCUUCGCGCUAGCCACGUUGAUCGAGUAAUUACGCGUGUCCAUAAAACUUACCGCGCGUAUUACAAUGGAAGAAUGGGAGAAAGUCAAGGUAUCGAAUUGAUUGCAACGUGACGUUUUAUUUUGUCACGAGAUGCAGCGAUGAUGCUUGAUAUUUGAUUUUGGUUUUUGCUCCUUUCGUUUACUUAAACGGCAAUCUACCUGUGAACUGGUGCAUUCAAAUCUCAUGCAUAUAUUUUAUAUUUACUAAUAGAUUGCAGAUGGUAGCGUAGGAUUACAUUUUUGUGAAGAAUUUUGUUACGUUUAAAGAAACAGAAUGUAAGAGAAGAUUUGUUUCAAUAAAUAUUAUGGAUAUUUUAUAUAUUUUUGUAUAGGAUUGUACGUAUUUCGUGUAUUUUUGAACAAUCUAAUUUGCCAGAAAUGCUUAAGAAAUUAUGUCUAUGUUAAUGUAUCAAUUGUAUCAUUAGUUUGAUCACAAGAAUUACUAGAGAAAUUCAUAUUAUACACUUAUGUAAUUCGAUGUUAUUUCUGUUUAUUAGUUUAAUUAAGACGUUACAGUUACGAUCCUUGUAUCAUAAAAUAAAAAGAAUAUUUUAUAGAAUAA